ACGAAGAAGAAGAAGAAGAAGAAGAAGAAGAAGAUGAUGAUGAUGAUGAUGAUGAUGAUGAUGAUGAUGAUGAUGAUGAUGAAUACUGAGGUUGAUGAUGAUGAUGAUGAUGAUGAUGAUGAUGAUGAUGCUGACGGUGACGUCAUAUAUGUUGACGAUGAUGAUGAUGAAUAUGAUGAUGAUGAUGAUAAUGAUGAUGAAAGGAAGGACCGCUGGUACAGGAUUUUCUUCGCCUGA